AUAUCUCUAAGCUAUAUAUAUACCUGCAAAUUAAACUCCAUCCCAUUAGUAAGUAUGGAGGAUUUGCCGACAGGAUUUAGGUUCUAUCCCACAGAAGAAGAGCUUGUUUCGUUUUAUCUGAGGAACAAGCUCCGAGGAGAAAGACCCGACAUUGACCUAGUUAUCCCUGUCGUUAACAUUUAUCUGCACAGACCAUGGGAGCUCCCACAACUAGCUGGGGUGGUGGGCGGCCAUGGAGACUAUGAUCAGUGGUUUUACUUCGUGCCGGGGCCGGAGAACAUCGCUCGAGGAGGAAAACCGAACAGGCUGACAACAGAAGGAUACUGGAAAGCCACCGGAUCUCCCGGUCUAGUGUUUUCCUUAAACAAUCGAGUUAUUGGGGAGAAAAGGACGAUGGUGUUUUAUACAGGGAGAGCUCACAAUGGAACAAAGACUGAAUGGAAGAUCAAUGAGUAUAAGGCUGUUCGUGGAGACGCUUCUGCAUCCACUCCCCUUUCAAAUUUAGAGCUAUGCCAAGAAUUCAGCUUGUGCCGCCUGUACAAGAAGUCAAAGUGCGAUCGGGCAUUUGAUCGUCGGCCGUUGGAUCUCACUGCAACACGACGGAGAAUAGCACAGCCACCGCCGCAAGAUAACGUUCAGACAACACCAAUAACAGUGCAGGAGCCUUCUGCAACUGAGAGCACCGGUGCCGGAAAAAUCUCGCCGCCGGGUGCCGCCGUCAUCCCUUCAAAUAAUGCCACGGCGACUCCACUUUAUUGGGACAACUUUGAACCUAUAUGGGAUUGGGAAGACUGCUUCAGUCUUCUUUGAGACUUGGUCUACAUUAA